CUGAGAAACUGGAGAUGCUGAAGAAACAGUACGAUGAGAAGCUGGCACAGAAGGAGGAGCUUCGCAAGAAGUCCGAGGAGAUGGAGGUGAAGCUGGAACGAGCCGGGAUGCUGGUGUCUGGGUUGGCUGGCGAGAAGGCCCGAUGGGAGGAGACGGUGAAGGGCCUGGCGGGGGAUCUGGGCUACCUGGUGGGAGACUGUCUCCUGGCAGCUGCCUUCCUGUCCUACAUGGGACCCUUCCUGACCAACUACCGGGAUGAGAUCGUCAACCAAAUCUGGAUCAGGAAGAUCUCGGAGCUGCAAGUUCCUUGCUCACCCCACUUCACCUUUGAUAAAUUCCUGUCCAAUCCUACCAAAGUUCGGGACUGGAACAUCCAAGGGUUGCCCUCGGAUGCCUUCUCCACUGAGAAUGGCAUCAUCGUCACUCGUGGCAACAGGUGGGCACUGAUGAUUGAUCCUCAGGCCCAGGCCCUGAAAUGGAUCAAGAACAUGGAAGGAAGUCAGGGCCUACAGAUCAUCGAUCUGCAGAUGAGCGAUUACCUUCGAGUCCUAGAAAAGGCCAUCCAGUUUGGACACCCAGUACUGCUCCAGAACGUGCAGGAGUAUCUGGACCCCACACUCAACCCUGUGCUCAACAAAUCUGUAGCUCGAACUGGUGGUCGGCUGCUGAUGCGCAUCGGCGAUAAGGAGGUGGAAUACAAUACCAGUUUCCGAUUCUACAUCACCACCAAGCUCUCCAACCCCCACUACAGCCCAGAGACCUCAGCCAAGACCACCAUUGUCAACUUUGCUGUCAAAGAACAGGGCCUGGAGGCCCAACUGCUGGGCAUCGUGGUCCGGAAGGAGCGGCCGGAGCUGGAGGAGCAGAAGGACUCGCUGGUCAUCAAUAUCGCCGCUGGCAAGAGGAAGCUCAAGGAGCUGGAGGACGAGAUCCUUCGGCUGCUGAACGAGGCCACAGGCUCCCUGCUAGAUGACGUGCAGCUGGUGAACACCCUGCAGACCUCCAAGAUAACCGCCACGGAGGUGACAGAGCAGCUGGAGACCAGCGAAACCACGGAGAUCAACAUCGACCUGGCCCGAGAGCAUCGACAAGAGCCAUCGCAGCAACAAGCUGGAGGACCGCAUCGACUACCUGAACGAGUACCACACCUACGCCGUCUACAGGUCUGCACGCCUCCCCGCGCGCCGCGCGAGCUCGGCGGGAGGCCCGGUGGCUCUCCGCCGACCCCUCUUGCUACUUGUGCCUUCGUGCUGCCCCAUGCCACCGCUCCUGUCCCCCUGCUCCUCUCUCCAUAUACUUGCCCUGGGUGGCGUCCACGGUCGGGGUCUAACCAUCAUCCACGGGCUGACUAGUCCCUGUUCCAGUGUAUCUUCUCUUCAGGUC